AUGGCAGUUCUUAUUGUUACGAUAUCAGUCGGAGUGCAACAUCGUCCUGCAGCCGCCCCUAGGACAGGCAUUUGGGAAUCUGACUAUAAAAUUGUGAAUGAUCCAUCAUUUAGCAAGGCUGCAACAGCGUUGUCUACGAUGGUAUUUGCAAAUGCUGGCACUCCUGCAUUUGUUUCGAUCGCGUCUGAGAUGCGAGAGCCUCAACACUAUACUCGCUCAUUGCUACUUUGCCAGUCUAUUAUGACUGUGUUCUAUAUCACCGUUGGUACAGUUAUUUAUUACUAUUGCGGAUCGUAUGUCAUAUCUCCGGCGCUUGGAUCCGCUGGUCCAACUAUAAAAAAAGUCAGCUAUGGAUUUGCGCUGCCUGGUCUUCUCGUUAGUGCUUUGCUCUUUCUUCAUCUGCCGGCAAAAUAUGUAUUUGUCCGAAUAUUAUACGGAUCUAAGCAUCUUAGUGCGAAUACAAUGAAGCAUUGGAUUACUUGGCUUAGUUGCACCAUUAGCGUCGGAUUGACUGCUUAUAUCAUUGCCAGCGCCAUUCCCGUCUUCGGCAACCUUGUUUCUCUUGUUGGUGCUUUGUUCGGCACUCCACUAUGCUUUCAGCCCGUUGCUGGAAUGUGGUUCUAUGAUAACUGGAAUCAAGGAACAGCCAAGAGGUCACCUCUAUGGAUAGUGAUGGUGGGAUGGUGUUGCUUUGUCGUGGUUGCUGGAACAUUCUUAAUGAUUGGUGGAACUUAUGGGUCUAUUGUUAGCAUUAUUGAGGACUACAAGAUCUCCCAGGGCUCGGCUGCAUGGUCCUGUGCCGAUAACUCUAAUAGUUAG